UAGUUCACAGGUUAUGUUUGGUUGUUAGGGCUGUCAAAAUGUCUGGCCAUGACCAUCUGGCUUUCUGCUUAUGUGAAAUAACAAGGUUAUUGUGGUCAUUGCUGCUUCCGCUAUUGUUUCUGUGCGUACUUUUGACGGCUGCACUGGUUCUACUCGUCGUUGGUGUGCGCUUCUGGCUGCAGGCCAACAGGAACGCAAGGAUAGCACGCGAUGGACGUCCUACAGUGGCCUUCUUCCACCCAUACUGCAAUGCUGGUGGCGGCGGCGAGAGAGUUCUCUGGUGCUCCUUAAGAGCGCUGCAGAAUAGGUAUCCAGACCUGUCGUUCGUGGUAUACACGGGCGACCAGGGCGUGACCGGCCAUCAGAUUCUGGACGGAGCUCGUCGACGCUUCAACAUCCAGCUUCCACGACCGGUCCAGUUUGUUUUCCUGAGGCACCGUCUGCUAGUGGAGCCCGGCCUUUUCCCCCACUUCACCCUGCUUGGACAGAGCGUGGGCUCCAUCUUCCUGGGCUGGGAGGCCCUCACAGAGUUUGUCCCUGACCUCUACAUAGACUCCAUGGGCUAUGCCUUCACCUUGCCCCUGUUCCGCUACCUUGGAGGUUGCAGAGUGGCCAGCUAUGUGCACUAUCCCACUAUCAGCACAGACAUGCUGUCUGUGGUGCAGGAGAGGAACCCCAGGUUCAACAAUGCAGACUUCAUCUCUAACAACCUGUUCCUGAGUGCAGUCAAGGUGGUCUACUACUGCCUGUUUGCCCUUCUCUAUGGGAUGGCUGGCUCCUGCAGUGACGUGGUCAUGGUCAACUCCACCUGGACCUUGGACCAUAUCCUGGCACUAUGGCGCGCCCCCAACCGCACCAGCGUGGUUUACCCCCCCUGCGACGUCCAAGCCUUUUUCAAUGUCCCACUGGAGGAGGAAGGAGACAGGAAGUCCCACUCCAUUGUUUCUAUUGGACAGUUCCGGCCGGAGAAGGACCAUAAGUUGCAGAUCCGGGCCUAUAGGAAACUAUUGGAGAAAAGGAGGGCGGGGCCUGGGGGGCAGGAGGCGCUGAGGCUGGUUCUGAUUGGUGGCUGUCGGAACGAGGAGGAUGAGGAUAGGGUGCUGAUGCUGAGGGGGCUGUGCCAGGAGUUGGGCAUCGCAGACAAGGUGGAGUUCAAACUGAACAUUUCCUUUCAGGAGCUGAAGAGAGAGUUGGGGGAGGCCACCAUUGGUCUGCACACCAUGUGGAACGAACAUUUUGGCAUAGGUGUUGUGGAGUGUAUGGCAGCAGGCACAGUCAUCCUAGCGCACAAGUCCGGAGGCCCCAAGCUGGACAUUGUGGUGCCCCACGAAGGCGGACCGACAGGCUUCCUGGCCGACGAUGAGGACAGCUACGCGGACGCCAUGGCGACGAUCCUGGGAAUGGCCCCCUCGGCUCGCCUGGAGAUCCGCCGCAACGCCCGCCAGUCUGCGGCUCGCUUCUCCGACCAGGAGUUUGAGGCCUGCUUCCUGGCCGCCAUGGAACCUCUAAUGGGCCUACAUCUGGCACGAUAAUGGAUGAAAGCAAUUUGACCCUUAAUUUAUUGGAUCUCCUGUAGGGACCAUUUAUGUUGAUGGAACUGCCCAAAUAAAUAUGAACUAUCAAUGUAGAACUAGAGAGACUAAUUUCUGGCCAAAUGGUGAAGUGUGCUUGUCCAAACCUGUUGUUUCAAUACAUUUUUGGAGACAGAGAAGUUGCACGCCUGCUGUCCAGCCUCGGCACACCGCACUGGAGAUCUUUCCAGAAAGCCACCCCUUUACCCCUGCUGUAGAUAUUCAAAAUUGUCAGGGCAGAGAAAUUGCCCCCAUUCUACCCAGUUUCCACCAGGACACUCCAGACAACUGCGGGCGGGGAUCGUACCAGCAAUGUCGCAACUCCAAGUCACCAAUUAACCAUCAUCAUUUGCGACUGUUAACCCACCACACCACAGGAGCCCUUCGCUGAAGAAUGUUUCUCCGGGCGUUUCUCAAGUGCCUGCGAAUCUGUGCUCGAUUUAAAAAUCAAAAGGCCAAUCUUGGGUACUUCACUGGAAUGGAAACGAGCAUAUUGAUUUGAAACUCGUCAUUCAAGAUGAAUAACCUUUGGUAUCUGGUGCAUGCCUCACUCCUUGUUCUACGUCACAACAAUGUCUUUUGGGAGUGGCCAUCAAGUAAAUAUGACAUCAGCUGAAAGUUCCCAGGACAUGGAAGUCACCUGUGAGUGGGGAUUGAACCCAUCAUUCCUUCGAUAAGAUUUCAGUUUACAUGGUCCAUGCACUUAACCACUGAGCUACCAUGGCUCCAUCAAGACACAAACAUUUGUGGACAUGAGAAGGUCUUGAAGGUUUGCUGUUUCAAAAUACAUAGAUAGUUUCUGCAGAGCAGAUCUGUGAAGCCAGACAUGGGAUUCAAACCCAAGCCCUCUGAAUAACACCUCAGCUUACAUGGUACAUGCACUUAUCCAGAAAGCUACCAGGACCCCAGGAGACAGAUCACAUGACCCAUACACCUGUCCAGAUCAUUUUGAUUAAAUGCAACAAUCCCCAGGCUAGAAACAGUUAGCAUAUCUAGCUCUAACAUUGAGUCUAUGGGGAACCAAGUCCUCAAAACUGACUGCUUGUUUUAUGUGUGUGUAUGUCCUGUCCAAAUUGGAUGGGCUUCAUGCUGUGACUAGGCUGACCACCCGUCCUGCUUUGCGUUGUCGCACAGCAUUUUCACCCCUUGUCCCGCACGUUGCAUAUUGAAAAUGCUGUGCGAUACAACGCAAAGCGGGACGGGUGAUCACCCUAGCUGUGACCCAUCCCAUGUUAUAAAAU